CGGCCUCCCCACUCAGGAGGAGGGCGGGGCGAGCUAACGCGGGCCCCUCAGCAUGCCGGGAGCUGUAGUAUGGCUGGCUAGAGCCGGCCAUCCCGGUGCGUGGCAGGAAGCGGAAGGGCCCCCGGCGGCCACGGAGUCCUCCUCUCUUGCUCCAGCCCGCCCCCACGGAGCCUUUGGGCUGCCUUCACUUCCCUUCCCGCCCCGCCCCGCCCAGCUCGGAGGGAGCGGCGUUACUACUGACGUGUCUCUCUCUUCCUCGCUCUCUCUCCCAGCGUUUCCCCCGGCUGAGCCUCUCCGCUCGCGGGCUCGGCCGCGGCCCCCGUCGUCUCCCCGGAGCUCGAGCACCCAGCGUCGCAGCCAUGGGCAUUAAGUUUCUGGAAGUGAUCAAGCCCUUCUGCGUCAUCCUGCCCGAGAUCCAGAAGCCAGAAAGGAAGAUCCAGUUUAAGGAGAAGGUGUUAUGGACUGCUAUCACACUCUUUAUCUUCUUAGUAUGUUGCCAGAUUCCUCUGUUUGGUAUCAUGUCAUCGGAUUCAGCAGAUCCUUUUUACUGGAUGAGAGUGAUCUUGGCCUCUAACAGAGGCACGCUGAUGGAGCUGGGUAUAUCUCCCAUUGUUACCUCUGGCCUCAUCAUGCAGCUCCUGGCUGGGGCAAAAAUCAUCGAAGUGGGUGACACCCCAAAAGACCGAGCUCUUUUCAAUGGCGCCCAGAAGUUAUUCGGCAUGAUCAUUACUAUUGGCCAAUCUAUUGUGUAUGUAAUGACUGGAAUGUAUGGAGAUCCCUCUGAAAUGGGUGCUGGAAUUUGCCUCCUGAUCACCAUUCAGCUCUUUGUUGCUGGAUUGAUUGUCCUGCUUUUGGAUGAGCUCCUACAGAAAGGUUAUGGUCUUGGUUCUGGUAUAUCUCUCUUCAUUGCUACCAACAUCUGUGAGACCAUUGUGUGGAAAGCAUUCAGUCCUACUACUGUCAACACUGGCCGAGGUAUGGAAUUUGAAGGCGCCAUCAUUGCAUUGUUCCAUCUGCUGGCUACACGAACAGAUAAAGUUCGAGCCCUUCGAGAAGCUUUCUACCGCCAAAAUCUCCCCAACCUCAUGAAUCUGAUUGCCACCAUCUUUGUAUUUGCUGUUGUCAUCUAUUUUCAGGGCUUCAGAGUCGACUUGCCUAUUAAAUCAGCCCGGUACCGUGGUCAGUACAACACCUAUCCCAUCAAGCUUUUCUACACCUCCAACAUUCCCAUCAUCCUUCAGUCUGCUCUAGUAUCUAAUCUGUACGUCAUUUCCCAGAUGUUGUCAGCUCGCUUCAGUGGCAACUUAUUGGUUAGCCUACUGGGCACCUGGUCUGAUACUUCUUCCGGGGGUCCAGCUCGUGCUUAUCCAGUUGGUGGUCUUUGCUAUUACUUAUCACCCCCAGAAUCCUUUGGCUCUGUGUUAGAAGACCCUGUGCAUGCAGUUGUCUACAUAGUAUUCAUGCUGGGUUCAUGUGCAUUCUUUUCCAAAACAUGGAUUGAAGUCUCAGGUUCCUCAGCCAAAGAUGUUGCAAAACAGCUCAAGGAGCAACAGAUGGUGAUGAGAGGACAUAGGGAAACUUCCAUGGUCCAUGAACUAAAUAGAUACAUUCCCACAGCUGCUGCAUUUGGUGGACUGUGCAUUGGUGCUCUCUCAGUCCUGGCAGAUUUCCUUGGAGCUAUUGGAUCGGGAACAGGAAUCCUGCUUGCUGUCACCAUCAUUUACCAAUACUUUGAAAUUUUUGUCAAGGAACAGAGUGAAGUUGGCAGCAUGGGGGCUCUCUUGUUUUAAACUCUGCAUUUUCAUGGGCCUAGAGGAGAGUAUUCUUGAAUUGUCCAAGAAGAGAAAAGAAAUAACCAAAAUCUUGUUACAAGAGCUCUUGAAAGAGAAUCACAUAUGCCAUGGUAGAAGAACUUUUGUUUAAUAGUACUUUCAAAUUACAUAUUCUUUCAUUCCGACGUUUUUGUAUCAUAUGUGCACUUUGUAAAGUGCCAGAGAAUGUCCAAAAUGUUGUUUUUAAUUCUGGCAUUAGCAAAAAUAACUGUAGAAAUGGGAUUUUCUUUAUUUGAUAUGUCUCCUGAGCUGAAUUGAUGUAAAUGAUUAAUCAUUUUCCAAAAUCUCAUUUUUUUUUUUAAGAAUUCUUAGGCUUUGAGUUUGUGUCUUCUAAGCACUAACUAUUGUUGUACUAGUCACAAUUUCUACCACCCAGAGGGAUCUAUGAAUCUGGUUAUAAGCACAAACAUCAUUAAAACUUAUCCAGUUCAUACUGGGAAUAGGGUGAGAGGAAUAUGACUUUAAAUUCAGGUGGGCUUAAGGAAGCAUUAUGUUAAAAUUUUAUCAGAGGGUAUCUCUCCUUCAUAACCUGGUGAAAGGCAUCUCAUUAGCAUAAGACUUGUUUCCAAAUAGAAUAAUUUUUUUUUUCCUUUUGAAAGAGUCUAGCCUAGCUUUUCAAGGGAAGAGAAUAGCUUAAGAAUGAAAAUGUAAACAACAUUGCGAUGCCUGGUAAGUGGGUCUCUUUCUCUGUGGAUGUUAUCACUGUUGGCUAAACUAGUUGAGCUAUGAGGACUAAAAUAACAGAAACUGCAUGUCCCUGCUUUCUACUUGCUCAAUUACUUUUCCCUUUGAGAAGUCCAAAGUUCUUUAUUUUAAGAAAUUGAGCCUAGCUGGACUAAGCAGUUUCUCUCUGAAGUAUAUGUUGAAAACUGAUUUUUCUAGAAUAGUUUUCUAGCUCAGAGCUGUGCCUGAGAACCCUCUAAGUGACAUUUAUAACAUCCUGAUGCUUCCAAUUUAUAGUUCCUUUCAUCUCAUAUAUCAUUUUUCCCCUUAGUCUUCCUACCUGCCCCUUUCAUCACCACCUCGAAAAUAUUCCCAAAAAGGAGAUAUUUUGGCAAUUAGGCAUAGAAAUAGUCUCCAGGUUUUCAUAGCCAGUUCUAUCAUACAUAUUAUUUUAUAGGAAGAAUGAACAUUACCCUACUCGUAUUUUUAGACCUUUUUUUUUUUAAUUGUAUGUAGGACCAAAUAAAAGCAGUAUGAGUAAAAAGAAACCAGGGAAUCAGGUUGUAUAAUAAACUGGUAUUGCCCAGUAUAGGAAAAGAGAAAUUUCAAACAGAUAGUAAGAUCAAGAUUUUGGAAUUACUUUUUUUUAUGCUGGUCCAAUAUUAUUUUUUAAGUCUUAAAAAUUAUGUCCAAAAACCUGUUUCCAUCCUCAACUAACAAUUGGACUGCGAGAAUGAAGACCUUUUUGAAGUUGGGAAUAUUUAAGGAAAGCCUGAAAUAUUGAUAGAGGGGGCAUAGGAAAUAAUAUCCACAAAGUUCAAUAGAGUCAAUCUUGAGGAAGACUUUGGAGUUUGGUGGCACCAGACAUGAUAAGAAUCUGGAAGCGGAGAGAACCCAGGGCUAGGUUGUGAUGCGUGAGCUGUUGGGCAUCUAGCAAAUGAAAGUAGAGAUACUGGCAGUCUGGUGUCAUGGAGAGUGGUGCUAUCCCUAAGACAAAAUAGGCGUAAAGUGGAUUAGCCCACAAAGUAUAACUGGCCUCUUCUAAGUGGAAACUCACUGCCAACCUCAGGUGGAGAGUUUUAUACAUAGUACAGGGUGUUCCAAAAGUCUCUGUUUGGUUUUGAGCUUUGAGUUUAAUACUUUAAGUAUAUUAGUAUUACUCUUAAAACUGCACAGAGACUUUUGGAACGCCCUGUAUUUCAAUUAGCCCCAAGCUAGGUCUAGUCUCUGCUGGAAGGAGCAAGAUUAAUGUUAGUUCAUGUCUGAGAGCUUAGCUCUUAGCUUCACUUUGCCAAAUCAUUUCGAUUUGAUUCAUGGUGGUGGUUGGGCGUUGAUUUGUUGAGAAUCCAUUGUAGUGUUAUAGUUAUCAGAGCCAAAUGGUUAACUUUGCUCGCCCAGAAGUGAAUGGGUAUCAUGGAAUUCACAACCAGAACAGACUUGCAAUUACCUGUUCUAUUUUAGAGAAGAAAUUGAGAUUUAAAAUGUUUACACAAGGGCUUGGAAAUUAGCUAAUCCAAAACAGUACUUCAUGACCAUGUACAGGCCCACUUAGGAACAGAGGAAGGCAGUCUGAGACACUGAUUCUCAUCUUCCUCCAUAGCCAUUGAGCUUUGCUGUCCAUCCCUUCUUGUAUUGGGGAUCUUCUCGUUGCCUGAUUCAUACUUUUCUUUGUCCCUCUCUUCUUGCUCAGUCCCAUGCUCCACAGCAGAAACUGAUCAUUGAGGGUGCUGAUGUGGAAUGACAACUCCUUAAAACCAAAUGAUUGUUUUGGGGGGUUUUUUUUGGUUUUAUGUUCUUCUUCCAUAUACUCUUAGAACUCCACUGGUACCAUUAACUACGUGUCCCUGCUAUUGGCAAAUGACAGCAUCUUUACCAUCUGUAGUUGCUAAGCCUCCAGAUCCUGCAAGGAUGGGGUCUUGUGUAAUAGUAUCGAGACUGGGGCCAACACUCAACCACCUUUGAAGGUUUAUUGAUAAAGGUAAAUUAUGGUAUAAUGGAGGAAUGGAAACAAGCCAUGAAUAAAGGAAAUGUUUUACAAUUCCA